UUAACUAAAUCCUCUCUUAACAAAGGCUUGUGGCUUUCACGAGUACUCUCUACCUAGCUCUCUGUGCUGUCUUCUGUUUUUCUUUUUUUCUUUUUCUUUUCUCUAUAUAUUCGAAUCUUCUUCUUCGGUAGUACUCAGAGAUUAAGACCAAACUCUUAACUAACUUUCAGAUAAAAAGCUUAUAACUGUUAGAGACAUUUCUAUAGUUUUACGUCUGUAUACCCUAUAGUUUUUUCUGAUUAUAUUUUUCUGGUAACGUGGUGGUGAAUUAAUUAAUAAUCAUGGCCGAUCAAAUCACCGGCGAGAAGCCUGUCGGAGUUAACAGAUUCGCUCUUCAAUGUUCUAUUGUCGCCUCCAUCGUCUCCAUCAUCUUCGGUUACGAUACUGGUGUUAUGAGUGGAGCUAUGGUGUUUAUAGAAGAAGAUUUGAAGACAAACGAUGUUCAAAUCGAAGUCCUCACCGGGAUUCUCAACCUUUGUGCCCUCUUCGGAUCACUCCUCGCCGGAAGGACGUCGGAUAUUAUCGGACGGCGUUACACCAUCGUCUUGGCCUCAAUACUAUUCAUGUUGGGCUCAAUAUUGAUGGGCUGGGGUCCUAAUUAUCCAGUUCUCCUCUCCGGUAGAUGCACCGCCGGACUCGGAGUUGGUUUUGCUCUGAUGGUUGCUCCGGUUUACUCAGCCGAAAUCGCAACAGCUUCGCAUAGAGGACUCUUAGCUUCUCUUCCUCAUCUCUGUAUCAGUAUAGGAAUCUUAAUCGGUUAUCUCGUGAAUUACUUCUUCUCCAAGUUACCUAUGCAUAUCGGUUGGAGACUCAUGCUCGGUAUAGCCGCGGUUCCGUCCCUAGUGCUAGCGUUCGGGAUCUUGAAGAUGCCUGAAUCCCCACGUUGGUUGAUUAUGCAAGGCCGUCUCAAGGAAGGCAAGGAGAUAUUGGAAUUGGUAUCGAAUUCACCCGAAGAAGCAGAGCUCCGCUUUCAAGACAUCAAAACUGCUGCGGGAAUCGACCCUAAAUGCCAAGACGAUGUUGUUAAGAUGGAGAACAAGAAGACUCAUGGUGAAGGAGUGUGGAAAGAACUUAUUUUAAGACCAACUCCUGCAGUGAGACGAGUCCUUUUAACCGCUCUUGGGAUCCAUUUCUUCCAGCACGCCACCGGAAUCGAAGCCGUGCUUUUAUACGGUCCGAAGAUCUUCAAGAGAGCAGGAAUCACUACUAAAGACAAGCUUUUCCUUGUUACAAUCGGUGUCGGAAUCAUGAAAACGACGUUUAUUUUCACAGCCACUUUCUUGUUAGACAAGGUAGGUCGGAGGAAGCUUUUGUUGACCAGCGUUGGAGGUAUGGUCAUAGCGCUGACAAUGUUAGGAUUUGGACUUACAAUGGCUCAGAAUUCUGGUGGGAAAUUAGCGUGGGCUUUGGUUCUGAGCAUUGUCUCUGCUUACGGUUUCGUUGCAGUUUUCUCUAUUGGGCUCGGCCCAAUUACUUGGGUCUACAGUUCUGAGGUUUUCCCGUUGAAACUUCGGGCCCAAGGAGCGAGUCUCGGUGUUGCCGUGAACAGAGUCAUGAACGCCACCGUGUCGAUGUCGUUUUUGUCGUUGACUAAAGCGAUAACCACCGGCGGAGCAUUCUUUAUGUUCGCCGGAGUUGCCGCAGUGGCUUGGAAUUUCUUCUUUUUCCUCUUGCCGGAGACCAAAGGCAAAUCACUAGAAGAAAUCGAAGCGCUUUUUCAAAGAGAUGGUGAUAAAGUACGCGGCGAAAACAGCGCAGCUUAACAUGUUCAUGAUAUGUAUCUUUUAAAUGAAACGACUGCGUGUUUGCGGUUUAAUUCUCAUUACACGACGCCGUUCUAGAUGUACUUUUGUGUGGCUUUUAUCAAAUUAUAUAAACCAACGGUCACGAUCGACGCAAACCUUUAGUACACUUUGUUUACCAAUUUAA